GAGUGGCUGAGCAGAGCGACACAGCAUCCACGGCUACAGCAUCCUGCAGAUGACUGUGCUCCGUGGAGGAGAGGGAGGAAAAAAAAGAAAGUGUUGAAGAGGAAAAAGGUAGAACCACAGAGGAAGAGAGACUGAGAGGGGAAGAGAAGCACACAAGGAGUAAGUGGGAAAUGAAAGGAAUUGAGUAAACAUCGCUGCCUGCCUGAGGACCACUGCAGCUGUACUAAAUCUGGGGCUGUCAGGCCAACCCUCAGCAGAGCAGUGAGUGAGAGAGGCGAGGGAACAGAGGAGAAAAAGAAGUGAUUUGAAGAGCUGAUCUCAUCACUCUGGACAAGCAGGCAUGGGAACCCCAGGAGCCUCUUCGUCAGCAGAUCAAACUUCACACAGAAGAAAAGUGCCUUUGGAUCACCAGUCUGAGCCUGACUCUUCAGAGGAGUGAAGAAUACGGGCAAAACAAGAGAGUUAUCCUGGUAGUUCCCGAAAGGUGAAACCUCAGACAGGAUCUCUGACUACCGUGCUGCUGAGUACAGCUCAAGUCUCUGCUGUCCUCUUCCCGAGUCCUCCCUCGCACCUGCCCACUCCUGGUGAAUGUCUUCUCUGCAUGCACUCCCACUGCUCGGCAGUUGAACACACUCAUGGUCGAUGCCAAGGGAAGGAACAUGAAAUGUCUGACUUUCUUCUUAAUGCUUCCUGAGUCAGUAAAAAGCAAGUCAAGUAAAAGCUCCAAGAAAGGGAAUGCCAGUGGCAGCUCCAAGCUGCCCCCAGUCUGUUAUGAGAUCAUCACUCUGAGGAGCAAGAAGAAGAAGAAAAUGGCAGCUGACAUUUUUCCCACCAAAAAGCCGGCUUCCACCACCACAGUGCAACAGUACCAGCAGCAGAACCUCAACAACAACAACACCAUUCAGAACUGUAACUGGCAGGGACUGUACUCCACUAUAAGAGAAAGAAAUUCAGUAAUGUUCAACAAUGAGCUGAUGGCAGAUGUUCACUUUGUGGUGGGUCAGCCUGGAAGGACGCAGCGGCUGCCAGGACACAGAUAUGUUUUGGCUGUGGGCAGCUCAGUGUUCCAUGCCAUGUUUUAUGGUGAACUGGCUGAAAACAAGGAUGAAAUCCACAUUCCAGAUGUGGAACCAGCUGCCUUUCUGGCAAUGUUGAAGUACAUUUACUGCGAUGAGAUUGACCUUAGUGCUGACACAGUGUUGGCCACUCUUUAUGCUGCCAAGAAGUACAUUGUCCCUCACCUGGCACGUGCCUGCGUCAACUUCCUGGAGACCAGCCUGAGUGCCAAGAAUGCCUGCGUGUUACUCUCCCAGAGCUGCCUGUUUGAGGAGCCAGAGCUGACACAGCGCUGCUGGGAGGUGAUUGAUGCCCAGGCUGAGCUGGCAUUACGCUCUGAGGGCUUCUGCGACAUCGACGCCCAGACCCUUGAGAGCAUCCUACAGCGUGAGACACUCAACGCUAAAGAGAUAGUGGUAUUUGAGGCUGCGCUCAGCUGGGCUGACGCUGAGUGCCAGAGACAGGAGCUCACCUCAUCGACUGAUAACAAGCGCAAGGUUUUGGGCAAGGCCAUGUACCUGAUACGUAUCCCUACAAUGGCUCUGGAUGAUUUUGCCAAUGGAGCAGCCCAGUCGGGCGUGUUGACUCUUAAUGAGACCAAUGACAUCUUCCUGUGGUACACAGCAGCCAAGAAGCCUGAGCUGCAGUUUGUCAGCCAGCCCAGGAAGGGCCUGACACCCCAGCGCUGCCACAGAUUCCAGUCCUGUGCCUACCGAAGCAAUCAGUGGCGUUAUCGAGGCCGCUGUGACAGUAUACAGUUUGCAGUGGAUAAAAGAGUUUUUAUCGCUGGGUUUGGACUGUAUGGAUCUAGCUGUGGCUCAGCAGAGUACAGUGCCAAGAUUGAGCUCAAACGUCAAGGAGUUCUGCUGGGACAAAACCUCAGCAAAUACUUCUCUGACGGUUCCAGCAACACUUUCCCGGUGUGGUUUGAGUAUCCAGUCCAGAUUGAGCCCGAUACCUUCUACACUGCCAGUGUGGUUCUGGAUGGGAAUGAGCUGAGCUACUUCGGACAGGAAGGGAUGACAGAGGUGCAGUGUGGGAAAGUGACAUUUCAAUUCCAGUGCUCCUCAGACAGCACUAAUGGCACAGGGGUUCAGGGGGGUCAGAUUCCUGAGCUUAUCUUCUAUGCUUGACAACCCCUGCGCACACAGCUGACUGAUUUUCAGUGCACCUAUGUAAAAGAGAAAAUUAUCACUUUGUGCAAAGUGUCACUUUCUGUUAUUUAUUUUUGUCAGCAUUAUUCAAAAAAAUUCUGAUCUCAGACCUCAGAAAAGGUCUUAUGUGGUUUUGAUUUUAGUAAAUGGUCCACUUGAGUAGGACCAGAAAUAUGUGUCCAGAUGUUGGAUUGUACAAAUAUGCAGAUGAACAAAAGUCCUAAAAGAUAAAAAAAAAAAUAUCUCGCACUAGAUGUGCCUGUAUAUAUGAAUAUAUGUAAAUUCUGAAAUGUAUAUGAUGCCACAUUUGUGGCCAAUGCUGACCACAGAGAUAUCUUAUAUGAUGAAUAUGCUACAGUAUGUUUAUUAUUUCUAUGCUUGCAUAGAAUGCACAUACAUAUAUAGCAGCAAUACUUCACAUUCUCUAUUCUAUGAUGAGUAUUUCAUGUCAUUACUCAGUCUGGAUCAUUGGCAUUAUAAUGGAAGUGAAAAAGGCUGUAUGAUACUCAAUACCAACAUAAAAUUACGGUCAAAAAACACUGUUUGUCCUAUUGUAGUGUGUAAAACCCAUUAGGCAUUUGUAUUUGAGUGGUUGAAAUUGUAUCUGCAGCUUUUUGAUACUUUGAAUCUAGUAAAGGGGCACUUAGAGAGGGCUUGAGGGGUCUUAGAUUAGGGAACACUAGAUAUAAUGAGACACAUAACCCCUAUCUCUCUGUAGCAUGUUGCUCUGCACCUACACUCAUCUCAGUCACUACAGUGAUAAUUCAGUUAGAUCAGUGACAUUAUGUUUACAGUGAAAAUUAGGACUUGAAGUGAUCACCAUUCACCACUACAUGGUAGAGUGAAAGAUGUCUUUGGUUUUCUAUCUAAAACUGUCUGCAUUGCAGUACUCACAGUAUGGUCAGACUGGUUCCAUUUCAUCUAAUGUGUACUACUAAUUGUUCUGGCACCUUGGUUUUGUUUACAGCAAAAAGAUCAAUGAUUGAUUCUGUGUUAGAAACUGUUUAUCUUAUGGACUUCUCUUUGUUGAAAAUCUGUGCACUCUGAACUGCUGAGCACUCCCUCCAAAUGUGAUCAUACAGUGUCAGUAUUUGGAGAAGCAUGUUAUAUGCUUCAGAAUUGUACUGAUGUUGGUUUGUAAUCAAAUGUGUUACUUGUUCUUUUUAAUGAGGCAAAUUCUUUUGAUUUCCUGUGCUACUGGAUAUUUUUUUCUGGUGUCGGAUAAACAUUCACGGGCUUGUCUGGUGAGGACAAUGGAUGGGCAAACUGGUGUUCAUGUCCUGUGUUUACGUGCUACAGCGCUGGGAGACCAACGAAUGUGUAUGAUUGUUGAUGAUGCAAAUAAAC